AAUAGGUAUCGUCGUCCCUCAUUUUUUUUUUCCAAUAGAUUCCUCAUCAUCACGCAACAACAAUCACAUAGUAUAUAGAUUUAGGUAUCAUGAGUAAACCGAGAUGGUUUCAAGUAUUAACAGAGCAAAACUUAGAUGGAAACUGUGAAAAGCAUUCUUGUGGUUUCCGAAAAAACAUCUUCAGGUUCGAGUCCUGUGAUGUGGUGUGCAUCGAGGGCUUAGAUCCGUACCAUAUUCAACCCUAUGUUCAAGUGACCACCAUGUUUGAUCAUAACGCCAUUGAACUGAUUCAAAUCUCUGAUCUCUUUGAUUGUCACCAAAUUCAAAAUCAUGGUUUCGUUGCAGGGAAGGCAGUGAUGGAGUUGAUAGCGUUGAGGCCAUGGCGGGACUGUGUAAGAACUACAGAAGGUUGCACCAAACAUGUCGGUGGGGUUAAUUCCAAGUUCUGCUCUUUCACAUGCAAGAUCGAACAUGUUUUGGAGCAUGAAGGUGAUUUGUCCAGCAUUGCUAGACUUUGGUCGGAGGAUGAUUCGAGAGAAACGUCCGAACAUGUUGGUGAUCUAUCAAUCCAUCCUUGUGGUGAUCCAGAGAGAAUCUUUCCAUUUAAGAAGAGGUCUCGAAAAAGAAGAGAGUUUUUUGACAGCGACGAAGACAUCUAUGCAUCUUACUAGUUUUAGAGAUAUCUCUUAAUUAGUAGUUCUACACAUUGUUCACAUGAUUU